AUGGCUCAAGAUUUAUUUAAGGAUUGGUUUUAUAAUUGUUUUAUCCUGACAGUGGAAACCUAUACGAUGGAAAAAAAUUUGUAUUUCAAAGUUUUAUUGGUUCUUGAUAACGCUGGUUGCCACAACAUAGAACUGGAUCAUCCAAAUGUGAAAAUUGUCUUCCUUCCUCCUAAUUGCACGUCAUUAAUACAACCUUUGGACCAAGGAGUCAUUCAAACUUUAAAAAUGUACUACACACGCCAACUUUUCCAAACCAUUUUCGACAGAUUAGAAAAUAGUGAAAAUAAAACUCUUACUCAAGUGUGGAUGGAAUUUUCUAUUUUAGAUUGUAUUAGAACCAUGUCAUCGGCUUGCGCGGAAAUUAAACCAUCAACGCUUAAUGCGUGUUGGAAACCUCUUUUACCUCAAAUGGUUCAAGCAAUACAAGAUGAUUCUACCAUUUCACUCCCAGUUACAGAAAUAGUAAGCGAUGAAGAAUUUGCAGUAAACCAUCAGGAUGUAAGAGAACUAGUACUCGGGGAAGAAACUUUAGAUGAGGAAGAACUGAUGGAACUAAUUGAUGCACCCACCUCAAAUGCAUUGGUAAACGAAUGGGUGCCAAAUCUCGAUUUACAAGAUGUGAAAAAAGGGCUAAAUUUGGCUAAAGAAUUAGAACUUCAUUUCAUUCAAACUGAUCAUUCAACGGUGCGCAGCGCAAAGUUUAAAAGAGAGUUAAGAAAUUGCUUAGCUCCCUAUAGAGAGGUUUUAGUGGAGUUUGAAAAGAAAGCUACAAUCGAAAACCAAUGUGAAGAUGAACCAAGUGAGGAAGACAUUUUGCCCAUUAAAAGAAGACGAGUUAGGCGACUCAUAUCUGACAGCGAGGAUGAGUGUUGA